AUGCAGCUCCUCGUAGGGCUCAAUGCCGCUCAGAGAGCUGCAGUGACCUCGCCCGCAUCAGUGCUCCAAGUGCUGGCUCCUCCAGGGUCCGGCAAAACAAAGACAUUGACCUGUCGAGUCGCCUACCUCCUUGCACAUUAUGGCCAUAACCCGCAAAAUGUCAUCUGUUGCACCUUCACCAUCAAAGCCGCCAGGGAGAUGCGGGAAAGGCUGAGAGGCCUGGUCGGUUGUGAACUCGAAUCGAAAUUGGUCCUCGGAACCAUCCACUCCAUCUGCCGACGUUACCUAGUCGCGUACGGCCAUCUUAUUGGAAUACCCAAGGGAUUUGGAAUUGCAGACAGUUCAGACAGCAAUAGCAUAAUCAAGCGAAUCGUCAAGCGCCUCCACCUGACAAUAGAACCCAAAAAUGCGAGGGCCAGGAUUUCCAGUCAUAAGGCCAAAGGGAAAACGUUGGAAGACCUGCCCAAGAAACCGCCCAAAGAAAUCAAGGAUCAAGAAUUCAUAACCAUUUUCCACGAGUAUGAAGAAGCAUUGGCAACUUCCAAACUACUGGACUAUGAUGACCUGCUCUUACGAUGUGUUGAUCUUCUGCGGGCAUAUCCAGCUUGCGUGUCCAACAUCGAAGCGUUGUUGAUUGAUGAGUUUCAAGAUACCAACAUCGUACAAUUCGAAUUGAUGAAACUACUGGCGUCGGCAAACAGAAAAAUCACCAUUGUUGGCGAUCCGGAUCAAAGCAUUUACGGAUUUAGGUCUGCAGAGAUUGAGAAUCUACGACGAAUGAAGCUUUUCUACCCCGAGACAGAGGUCAUCAAUCUCGAGGAAAACUAUCGCUCUGCUUCGGCCGUGCUCAAACUUGCCCAGGAUGUCAUUGAGCAAGACACCGACCGCCCUCAGAAGAAGAUGAAGGCGACCCACUGUCAUGGGAGUCAACCGGUGCUUCGACGUCUGCCCAAUCCAAAUGAAGAGGCCUUGUGGAUUGCUAGCGAGAUCAAGAGGACGAUGACGAUGACUGGAGGUCUACUUCUGCACUCUGACUUUGUCAUUCUCCUGCGGUCGGCUUAUCUCUCGUUACUGAUCGAACGAGCGUUGGCAAACUCUGGCAUCCCUUAUCGCAUGGUCGGUGGUCAACGUUUCUUUGACCGCGUCGAAAUCCGGAUCAUCAUCGACUACCUCCGUACCAUCAGCCAUCCUGACAAUAAUCAAGCCUUUGUUGCCAUUAUAAAUACACCGCCACGCAAGAUCGGGGACACUUCAGUCGCCGAAAUGAUCAAACUUGGCGAAGAACAUAAGCUCUCACUGUGGGCUGUGGUGCAGAAAAUCCUCGCCGGAGAUCUAAAGCCUGAAAAGAGGCUUUCAAAGCCUGCAGAACAGGAGCUAGGCCGUCUGGUGAAUCUGAUUAGGACCGGCAGACAAAAGAUGAAUACCGUUGAUCCUGCGGCGACGGUUCCCACAAAAUUGAUUGAUUUUGUUGUCGAAUCUUUGGAUUUUGAGAAUUAUUUGAAGAGAAAAUACAAGGAUGAUCAUGAGGAUCGGCUUGAGAACGUCAAGGAACUCAUCACCCAUGCCUCUGAGGUUCUGCUUCAGAACUCCAGUGAAGAACCUCUAGCAACGGUAGAGGGUGUGGAACAGCAACUCUCCAGUGGAGGCCAGGAAGUUCUUGCUCAGUUUCUGGCAAAUAUUGUCCUCUCGACCGAUGUCGAGAAUGCCGAGGAAGGAAAGGAUAAACCUCGCGUCACCAUCUCAACUAUUCAUUCAGCCAAAGGUCUUGAGUGGCCUGUCGUGUUUAUUCCAGCUGUUUAUGAAGGUUCAAUUCCUCAUUCUCGGGCUGACAACACUGAUGAAGAACGGCGCCUGCUCUAUGUCGCCAUGACACGAGCUCAGGCUCUUCUGACAAUGACAUUUCCUGUGCUUCAAUCCCGGGAUCAAGCUGAGUCUGUUCUUUCGCAGUUCCUCCCACCCAAAGUCCACCAUCAUCUAGCCCAAGUUGGUCCACUGUUUCAUGAUCGAGCAAUUCAGGAUAUAGCAAGCAUCCUUCGACGGCCUAUGCCAUCCCAGGAAGAUCUAGCAAAGAACUUGGAAGGCAUCAAAGGCGAAGAGAGUGCUGCUGAUGACGUUUGGCCUGCUGAUGGCAGCCGCCGACCUACGCCGAUGCUUCAUGACGCCACGCAGAGCACUACAGAAUUCGGCAGGCCCUUGGCAGAGGUUCUUGCUGCUCAAAAACAACAAUAUCGGACUUAUACGACCCUUGCAAAGCCAAACGACAUGUCAGGCACUGCUGGCCCAGGGUCGGUUACCACCAUGACCAACGUCGAGGCUUUCUCCACGUCAAAUAUGUCGCUGGGCUUCACCACUGCUAGCCACCAGCUCAAAACCAGCGCCUCUGACCUUAGGAGAUCCGCUUCUGAUAUUUUGCCACCUCAGAAGAAGCCCAAACUUUCAAAGUCACUUUCAGGACAGGGUAAUAUCGGGAGUUUCUUUUCGAAGCCAACCACCCAAGCAUCUCAACUGCCGGGGAGGUCAACGUUAGGACCGCCUGUCGCUGGGUCACCUAAGCACAGAUCUUCGGAGAGUGAAGGAGAGCUUCCUCCUCAAAGCCGCGAAGAUCAGAGUAGUGCCAGGCGUGGCAUUCCCGAAGAGUUUUCAUCGCACGAAUUGAACUUCCGCAACGGCAUGGUUCAAGGACGUCCUGCACCUCUGAAAGAAACGAGCACGAAUCCCAAAAGGCGGUAUGUUGGCUUUUACAGUUCAUCACCUCCCCCCUGUCCCCCGCAGGAGACGGAAUCGCUGCCUUCAGGGGAUGCCGCAGUUGCAAAUCAGAAUUUGAAGGAUGCAGGAGGUCCAAAGUCAAUGAUCUCUGGUGGUCUUUCCACCCCGAUUAUGAAUUACGUCCUCACCAAGCCUGCCAAUACGUCGCACAAGACCACUAUGUCUUCUAUGGGAAACGGCAGGCAUCCUUCGUCAGGGUUUGCUUCAGGAGUUGUUAGGAAGACACUUGGAGUCAGACGUACUAUGAAUGGGUGGGAGAACAGGAAGAACCGAUGA